GAUACUUUCACCAGCGCCUUCAUCAAGAACCUGAUCGUGGUUCUGGUCUGGCUCGUCCUCAGUUACAUCAACGGCACCCUGGUAGCCACGUUCUUCAGACACCGGAUCUUCUAUGAAGAUCCUCGCUACAUCCUCUUCAUCCACAUGGUGAUCAACGACGCCAUCCAGCUGACGGUCACCAUCACCCUCUUCGUCCUCAGCUACAUCCUCUUCAAGAUCAAUGUGUCCUUCUGCUGCUUCUUCAUCCUGGUGGCCGUCUUCACCACCAGAAACACGCCGGUCAACCUGGCCAGCAUGGCCAUCGAGCGCUACAUCGCCAUCUGCGAGCCGCUGCGCUACGCCCAGAUCUGCACGGUGAGGCGCACCUACAUGGUGAUCGGGCUGAUCUGGUUCAUGUGCGUCGCUCCGGACAUCACGGACCUGUUCGUCACGCUGGCCACCGAGUCCCUGAGGUUCUUCCACCAGUCCGUCUUCUGCCUGCGCCAGAACAUCUUCAAGGACCCCAUCCUGGCGCACAAGAGGCUGGCCUUCGACAUCAUCUACUUCUCCUGCGUCUUCCUCGUCCUGGUCUUCACCUACCUCAGGAUCCUGUUUGCGGCCCGGGCGCUCUCCACCCAGAAGAUGUCGGCGCAGAAGGCGAGGAACACCAUCCUCCUGCACGGGGCGCAGCUGGCCAUGUGCAUGCUGUCCUACAUCUCCCCCAGCGUGGAGGUGGUCCUGCGCUUCAUCUUCCCGGGGAGGGUCCUGGAAAUCCGCUUCGCCAACUACCUGAUCGUGUACAUCCUGCCUCGCUUCCUGAGCCCCAUCAUCUACGGGGUCAGGGACAAGAAGUUCCGGAAGUAUCUGAAGAUGCACCUGAUGAGCUGCAGGCGGGGCGGCACGGCGCAGAAAGUGACCCCCGUGGACGAGGGCAACUUCUAA